AUGCCAUUUGAAUUUGGCCCAAUUGACGUUGACACUUGGUAUUAUUAUCUUUGGUUUGGUACAACGUGCGGAAUUUUUACGCGCCUGACGACCAUUGGUGCUUGUGAUCUCCUACUUUUUACACUUUCGGAACAUGCCAAUGGAUUUCUAAAAGCACUGGGAUAUGCUACGGAGAAUCUGCCUCCAUACGACGAGUCUUCGUCCGAAGACGAGAGCUUCAAUUACCUGAGACGCUGCGUAAUUAUUCAUGAUCGUGCAAUAAAUUUUGCCGAGAGCGUCAGGGACGUGUACAUGUGGUCUUUUUUCGGAAUCAUUGGAAUGAAUAUGCUCAUAAUGAGUGUAACUGGUAUCCAGAUUGUCAACAGUCUGGAUAAUUCGAAGAAAUUGAUAAAAUUUAGUGUCAACAUGCUAACUCAAAUGCUGCAUCUUUUUGUCGAGUGCUUCGUGGGUCAAAGAGUAAUGGACGCUAGCUUCGACCUGAAAGAAACUAUAACAAAUGCAAAGUGGUAUAAUGCUUCAAAGAAGACCCAAAAAAUGAUACCUCUGAUGCUCUUGAGAGCCCAGAAACCAGUUGUUUUAACUGCAGGAAAAGUAUUCUUUAUGUGUAUGAGCACUUAUGCUGUGGUGCUGAAGACAGCCAUGUCUUACUUCACGGUAUUCUUGGCUGUACGAUAAUGUCUUGAAUGACUGUAUUUGAUAGUUAUUUUUUAGAU